GAAGAUCGUCCGACAGUCGAUACAGACUAAGCUCAUGAAAUGGCAGCAGCAGGUGGAAAACAUUGGGUAAUGCUUGCUGCUGGUUCAAAGAAAUGGGACAAUUACAGGCACCAGGCCGAUGUGUGUCACGCCUAUCAGAUAAUGCAUCAGAAUGGAAUCCCUGACUCUCAGAUUGUGGUGAUGAUGUAUGAUGACAUCGCUUAUAAUGACAAAAACCCAUAUCCUGGAAAGAUUAUAAAUAAACCAAACGGAUGGAAUGUGUAUCAGAGGGUUCCAAAAGACUACACUGGACAGGAUGUAACACCUGAAAACUUUCUGGCUGUGCUCAGAGGUGAUAAACGUGCUGUGAGAAGUAAUGGUCCAAAAAAAGUCAUUGCAAGUGGAAGAAAUGAUACGAUAUUCAUCUACCUGUCAGAUCAUGGAGGUCCAGGCGUAUUUUGUUUUCCUAACAGUCCUCUUUAUGCCAGUGAUCUUAUUGCAACAAUCAAGCAAAUGGCGGCAGAUAGGAUGUUCUCAAAGAUGGUGAUUUAUUUGGAAGCUUGUUAUUCUGGAUCAAUGUUCACACAACUCCCCAGCUACAUUAAUGUGUACGCAGUGACGGCAGCUAACCCGAUUGAGAGUAGCUAUGCCUGUUAUUUUGACCCUGUGAGGAAGACAUAUCUAUCCAAUGAAUUCUCAGCUGUUUGGAUGCACCACAAUGAAAAGUGUGACCUCAAUAAAGCAACAUUUCAGGAUCAGUUUGGUUAUCUUCAGAAAAAGAAGUGCCACUCUCACUUUUGCUGGUUUGGCGACAUGAGUGUUGGUCAAUGUCCAAUCAGAGAGGUUUUGAAAAACGCCCCUCAGAAACCCCCGCAGAUCAUUAAAGCUCGAAAGCUCAGGUUAACUGAUUUGACUCCUACCCAUGAAGUCCCAUUUACAAUCUUGAAGCACCGAAUUGCCACAGAAACUGAUGCAGGAAAGAGACAAAGUCUGAUCAGAAAACAAGAAUCUCUUUAUCAGGCUAGGGCUAAAAUUGAGCGAACGGUUCAAGCUAUCAAGCAACGCUUUCCUGCUGGUGCAGAUGAGGAUGAAGUGGAUGGAGAUUAUAGUACUAGCAUUGAUUUACAGGAGUUCAAAACUGUAGCUGAGCAUUUCAGGACAACAUGUUUUGACUGGCACGUGGAAGAGUUUGAGAUCGCCUUGUCCUACAUGCAGGUGUUUGCUCGUCUCUGUGCACGUGGAGUUGAAGCGGAAAGAAUCAAAGAGGCCAUAACAACGGUCGGUGAAAGCUCUAAUGCGUUACAAUGAAAGCAUCCUUAUGAAGAAUUUAUGAAAAUCACAACAAUCAAAUCCUCACUGUAAAAGAUGAUAUCAACAUAUAUUUUUAUGUUAUUUUAACUUAAGAAUUUAACAAUUUUAUAACUUCUUUUUCUAAGUUAUGUCAACUUAUCACAAGCCAAACUGAAUCAAACUGUAGUUAAAAGUAGAGCAUGUGCAGACUCAUUUAUUUCAAUUAUUUUAAUAGAUUUUUUUUAAAGUCUUUUGGCUUAUAUAAAUAUGUAAAUAUCUAAUAAAACACAGUAGAUGCCAUUACAUUUGUAAAGUGCUUUUACAACACAUUAAGGUGCUUAGUCCCAGACUAAAAUGCAUGUUUGAGCUGCUCUAACUUAAAACUAUCUCAGCAUAUAUCA